GCCACGCCCACUGCAAUAUGGCUGUCCUCCAUUAGCGGCUUCAUGCUUUGAGGUCCAGCUUUGCCCACAUCUAAUAUGGCUGCUGGUGGCGUCCACCGCCAACAUGGCUGCCCAGUGCUGGAAUGACGCACUGCUGCCCACAGUCAAUAUGGCGGCGGCGGCGCACGGCUGGACAUUGAGGCCUGAUCGAAGGGAGUCGGAGGAGCCGUGAGGAGAGGGUGCGCCUCGCGGAGUCACCUGACCGGCGUGUUGGUACCCGUAUACAAUAAAACAGGACGCCAUAUUGGGUUUAUUAUCUAUCCGGGAUCGAGGAGGCCGAGAGACGGCGAGAGCAAGGUGAGCGGCUGCCGGCUGUGUAAUAUAUAUAUAUAUAUAUAUAUAUAUAUAUAUAUAUAUAUAAUAAUAAUAAUAAUAAUAAUAAUAAUAAAUAUGGCUGUGUACUAUAUAUAAUAAUUAUAAUUAAUAUGGCUGUGUAAUAUAUAUAUAUAAUAAUAAAUAUGGCUGUGUAAUAAUAAUAAUAUGGCUGUGUAAUAUAUAUAUAUAUAUAUAUAUAAUAUUAAUAAUAAAUAUGGCUGUGUACUAUAUAUAUAUAUAAACAAUAAUAUGGCUGUGUGUAUACAUUAUUAUAAUAAUAAUAUGGCUGUGUAAUAUAUAUAUAUAUAUAUAAUUAUUAUUAUUAUUAUUAUUAUUAUUAUUAUUAUUAUUAUUAUUAUUAAAAAUAUGGCUGUGUAUACAAAAUAAUAAAAAAUAUGGCUGUGUAAAUAAUAAUAAAAAAUAAUUAUUAUUAAUACACAGCCAUAUUUAUUAUAAUUGCUGUGUGUAUACAUUACUGAGAGACCAUGACCAGGCUGUGUAAUAUAUAAUAAUAAUAAUUAAUAAUACGGCUGUGUAAUAUAUUACUGAUAGACAAUGUCCAGGCUGUGUAAUAUAUUAUAAUAACUAUCUCUCUCCAGUAGUAAUAAUUAAUAUAAAUAUAUAUAUAUCUCUCUCUCUCCCUGUGUCAGCAUUAGGGGCCUUGCAUGGCCUGUGUGUCAGACCUUCGUUCAGGGAGCUGUGCUGUUUAUUAAGGAACGCUUUGGAGACAUUAUGUCAGUGUAGCCUCUGGCACGGCAGCUGAUGGUGUACUCCUGCUCUUGUUUAUGUUGAUGGGAGUAGGAGUCCUCCAGGGUUGAGGAGUAGGGUGUGGUAGGAGUCUAGCAGUUUAAGAGGAAGAAAGUGUGGGGAGUGUUUUUUUUUUUUUUUCCAGCUAGUGGGUAGGAUGACUGAUGGGAGUGGGAGUCCUGCGGGGGCCACUGGUUAGGCUGACUGGUGGGAGUGCUGCGGGGGCCACUGGUUAGGCUGACUGGUGGGAGUGCUGCGGGGGCCACUGGUUAGGCUGACUGGUGGGAGUGCUGCGGGGGCCACUGGUUAGGCUGACUGGUGGGAGUGCUGCGGGGGCCACUGGUUAGGCUGACUGGUGGGAGUCCUGCGGGGGCCACUGGUUAGGCUGACUGGUGGGAGUGCUGCGGGGGCCACUGGUUAGGCUGACUGGUGGGAGUGCUGCGGGGGCCACUGGUUAGGCUGACUGGUGGGAGUCCUGCGGGUAGGUUGGCCGGUGGGAAUAGGUGUAAUGGGAGUGGGAGGCCGUUUUGUACUGGAUUGUUUGUAUUUUAAUAUUGGCACUUAUGUAGCGGCAACAGAUUCUGUAAUGCUUUACAAUAUUAUAAGAGGGAGGGAUUUAACUAUAAAUAGGACAAUCACAAAAAACUUGCAGGAACGAUAGGUUGAACUAGGUAGUAGAUAUGCUGAGUGUUGUAGUCCCUCAGGGAGGGGGUGAGCGUGCACUUUGAGUUUAGGCUUGUUUUCUGUCUGAGAGGAUUCAGGCAAGGAAGAGCUCAAAUAUCCAAAGGGGAAAAUAACACUGCCCCUGCCUGGUACUGGGCCGAGUUAUGCGCUUGCUCACACUGCAAACUGUUUAUAUUUAACUCAACGCCCCAUUCCUAGCAAUCCUGACACCGUUCUCUAUCUGGGACGAUAAAACGAUCUGUUCUGAAACCCUCAGCUAGGUAAUGUCCUACUUGCUGUGUUGUGAAGAAAGAUAACCAUUUUUAACACCUUGAAACAUUUUAUAUUUUUUUUCUUCCCCAACACAUGUCUUUAUUUGGUCUUUGGCUGUGGUUUAAGUAGGCUAUGUAACGCAAAUGCAUUUAUUUUUAUAUAAGUUUUCCUUGCGCUUCCUGUGGGAAUGUGUACGGCUGUGUGUGAGCUAAUGACUGUUUUAGAAGCAGGGGUGUCCUUUUUCACACUGACCAUAUAUUUGGCUUUAGAGCAUUAAUCAUGAGUAGUGGGGUAUCGAAUUACAUGCGAACACUACAAAAAAAAUCUUGGAUGCCCUUCAACACUAAAGCUUUGUUUCUUAUUUUUCAACUUGCAGUGUUAAUGACAUUUCCCUAACCUCCCAUUAUGAAUGAGUUUAAUGUACAGUCUAUGGGACAGCAAGGUCUAAGCCCAAUGUAUGUUGUAUGACAUGCUCUCCAAUGUUUUUGUCAGUGUAAGAUUUCUCUGAAUUGCUAUAUCAAAUAUGAAUUAACACCCAAGCAUAUGUUCAUUCCUUAGCUCUUCCUGAACGUCUCUGGUGCUUGUUUUAAAUUGCGUCUUAUGAAAUAUUAUGUAAGUUUUAUUGGGUGAGUGGUGCACGACUAAUCAGGGGUUCUUAAGCAGUGUUUUGGAAUUGAACCUUUUUACUAUAUUUUUUAUUUUUUUUUGGUUAAUACUUUGUCAAACCCAAACAUACCCAAAACAAGAUAUUUACAAUUGAAGUGGCUAAAACACUUUGAUAGACAUUGCUCUCACUUUUGCAUUCUAAAACAAGUUUGCGAAGUGUUCCUUCCUCUUCACUGACGGGCUUUCUUCAGACAAUCCAAAUACCAUAUAAGUCGAGACCCCUAAUCUUACCCCAAAAAUCUGGGAAAACUUAUUGACUCGAGUAUAAGACUAGGGUGGAAAAUGCAACAGCUAUUUGUAAAUUUCUAAAUAAAAUUAGAUCCCCCAAAAAUUAUAUUGAUUGAAUAUUUAUUUACAGUUUGUAUAUAAUGAAUGCAGUGUGUGAGAUGCAGAGCCUUGGUGGGUAUCAUUAGUAUUAGUAAUCCCUGCUUGUUAGCUGGCCAGGGAGGGGGGCUCUCAUUCCCUGGUGGUCCAGUGGAUGGGCUGUGUAGGAGGGGGUCUGGCAGCGAGCUGUAACUUACCUUUCCUGCAGCUCCUCUCAGCUCCCUUCUCCUGCAUUCCGGUCAGUUCCCACUGUAAGUCUCGCGGUGUGACUGCUGCACAGAGCGUUGCCACGGGUGACCCCGCGGCUCUCUCGAGACUAACAGGAGAGGUAAGUUACAGCUCUCUGCCUGCCCCAACAGGACCGCCGGGCUCAUUACAAUGUAAGUUGCCAUAAUACAGACAAUGACUCGAGUAUAAGUCGAGUGGGGGUUUUUCAGCACAAAAAAUGUCCCGAAAAACUUGACUUGUACUCUAGUGUAUAUACGGUAGUAACAUUAUGAUGUGGCCAACGUCUUGCGAGUGAUAACCUCAUAUAACACUUCCCUGCAAUUCAAUCUCUAGGUUUUUUUUUUUUUUACUGUAGUCUGAGGUAGCGUGCGUGCUCUGUUGCCAAAAUGUCAUGCACGUCUGGCUUUAAAAAAUUAAAGUACUCAUUUUCUUAUUUAAAGAAAAUAAAAUACUUAAAAAAAAAAUGACUUUAAAUUUUUUUUUUUUUUUUUAAAUUGCUAUUGCCUCAUGCAUAGGAUGUAUGCAAAAACCUAAUUGGGGCCUGCUUCCCCAUCCGGUGCAAUCUAAAUAGUAAAUCUAAAGUGUUCAGUUACAUAAAGUCAAAACUGUGGACGUUACAAACAUUUGAGUUUUCAGAACACUUAAAAUAUUUUUUUUUUUUUUAUGAAUACUUCAAACACUUAAAAUGCUUCAGCUUGCUGAAGUGCUUUAGGGCUAAACUGCUUGUGCCUGUAGGCUUAUUUUACUAAAUUGUUCAUUGCAAGAGAAAUCUGCAUUCUUUAACCCAUUAAGGACACAUGAUGUGUGACAUGUCAUGAUUCCCUUUUAAUCCAGAAGUUUGGUUCUUAAGGACUCAUUAGUGACAACUUCCUGACUGUCACAGUUGGGAGGGUUUCCUGCAUUGAUCCUGGUGCUAGAUAUUCGUACACUCUUCAGUGAGCUGUAAAGUGUGUGUGAAUUUGUCCAUAAGGCUUCUUGUCCAGGAAAAAGCUCACCGUAUCUAUAGACACUAGUUUUUGCGCUAAUGUAAUAACUUUGUGAACCUCUCCUCCAAAAUUACAAACUAUUAUUAUACAUAAUUUUUUUUUUUUUUUUUUUAAAUCUAUUAAUUUGUUCCUUUUUACGCAGGAAGGUGGCUAUUUCCUGUCUAGCAGACUUCAUUGUCAGAUUACAUCACUUUAAACACAUGACUCAGGAAGUCUUGCCUGUGGAGUGUUUGCCUGUGCACCAGGCCGUGUUAGUGUUGCACACAACACGGCAUCAGGUACUCGGUAAGCCAACUGGGUGAGCACUAGGUAUCAUGUAUAACUUCUUGCUUGGUCAGAUCACAGCAGUGACUGGGACUGAAUUAGUACAGCUAUUCUUUCCUCGAACUUUUGAUGAAUUUAACUGACAUUCUGAAGGGUACCAGACCAGUACAGAUUUUUAACAUUACUGUGGGUGCCUACCUUCUGGGGAUUGAUGUUUGAUGUGCUCCAGUUGCAUUCACUUGGCUGCAGUUUGAUUGGUGGAGUUUAGAUGUACCUCCAUUUAAAUGUCCUUCAAUAUGAACUAUUAUCUUGGUAUCUAUAGUUAUAUAAAAGUCAUAUUUAAAGAUGUGUCUCUAUCAAAAAGGUUAAAGUAGGAAAUAAUUGUGAUUAAAAACCCCUUUCACCUGAAGUCUCUGGAUCGUUAAUACAAUGUUAAACACAAAUCUACACACCAGUCAAGCCAUAAGACUUGCUUUUUCCACAGGAAUCACAAAUUUGCAGUGAUGUUGCUAACACAAAGGAUUCUGGGUGGGCAUAUGCAAAUUAGUUAAACAAAGAAUCACAUUUUUCCCUCAUUCAAUUUUAAAAAUGGAUUCCCUUUGAGUCUGUUUGCUGUAUGCAACAGCUUUGAAACACAAUUUAGGAGGUGGUGCACUCCUAUGUAAGAGUAUAUUAAUAGGACUGUGCAUUGUGUGGUGGAGAAUGGAUAAUCCUAUAUAAAAUGAGCAGUGUCUCGAACUGCCUUAUAAAAUAUUAUCCAGAAUGACAUACUGAAUCUUAUUUUCACAUUUUAUCCUCUAAAAUUUCUUGGCCAGUAUACAUUUUUAUUUGUGGGAGGGAGGUGAGGAGGGGUUCUCUGCAGAUUAUAUUUGGAAAGCAGAUACCCUAUUAUAUAAAAACUCAUUAGUUUGAAGUAGACCUGUUAAUACAGUGAUGAGUUACAUAAUAGAUUUUUUUUUUUUAAUCUUUAAGAAAAACUUUGGACUAAUUUAAAUUUAGGAACAUAAAACGUUUAAGCGGUUUCGUUAACCCCUUAAGGACACAUGACAUGUGUGACAUGUCAUGGUUCCCUUUUAUUCCAGAAGUUUGGUCCUUUAGGGGUUAAAGGGACACUGUAGUCACCAGAGCAACUACAGCUUAUUGAAUUUGUUCUGGUGAGUAGAAUCAUUACCUUCAGGCUUUUUGCUGUAAACACUGUCUUUUCAGAGAAAACGCAGUGUUUACAUCACAGCCUAGUGAUAACUCCACUGGCCACUCCUCAGAUGGCUGUUAGAGAUCCUUCCUGGGUCAUGGCUGCCUAAAAUGCAUCCAAACAUUCAGUGUCUCCUCCCUCUGCAUGCAGACACUGAACUUUCCUCCUAGAGAUUCAUUGAUUCAAUUAAUCUCUAUGAGGAGAUGCUGACUGGCCAGGGCUGUUUGAAUCAUGCUGGCUCUGCCCCUGAUCUGCCUCUGUCAGUCUUAACCAAUCCUAUGGGGAAGCAUUGUGAUUGUAUCAGGAAACCAUUUCUGAUGAUGUCAGCAGACUGCUUUGUUUUUCUGAGUCUAACUGCAUGCAGAGUUACAGCUUCAGGCUUGAAUACAGUAAGAUUUUUACUAUAUUUAUGGAUGCAUGAGGGGCCCAGGGGGCUAGAUGGUGAUUUUAACACUAUAGGGUCAGGAAUACAUGUUUGUGUUCCUGACCCUAUAGUGAUCCUUUUCAAACCAAAAUUAAAUCUGCAAGUCAUUCAUGAACAGUUAUACUAGAGUUUGAACAGGAGAUAGUAUUUGAGAAUUAUCCUACCAGCAGCUAGGAGUGUUAUGGUGAGUACAUUGUUCUUGAAAUGUCUGCGUGUAUGGAAAAUGAUCUCUGCUCACAAUGUAGACCAAGUCCAGCCUGUGAGAAUGCAAAUGAGCCAUGCACCUUAUGUAGAAUUUUGAAAAACCAGCAAAGGAAUUUAAAGUUUUGGGGAAGCUAUAUCUAGGUAAAAACAAUUCUGGUGCAUUGUGCUAAAUAAGUUCCAGUCACCAUGGAAACCUGUAGAAUUAUCUCAACAUUUAGCACUUUUCACCCAAAGUAGCACCUUCAUAUGGGUGCAACCAGAAGCUUGCUUUUAAUUCUUUGCAUCUAAAUUCUUUUUAAUUUUUUUUUUUUUUUUUUUUUGGUUCCCUGUUAAAGAUUUGCAUGUACAGAACAUGCAUAAAUAUUCUGUUUUAUUUUUUCCUGUCUCAACAAAAAGCACAAUUGCUAAAUGGCAGAGAAUUGAGCAGUGAAACCGCAACUAAAUUUGUUCUUGUGCCUAUAGUAUCACUUUUAAGGCAGUAUUUCUCAAAUGUAUUUGUCUGACCCUGAACAGAUUUGUUUGGCCUAGUGAACACUUGGUGGCUACUAUGAUUAUUCAUUUUUUGAGUGAGUUCUUCUCAAUUUGUGGCUCUUAUGUUCAUAGAGCAUAGUGCUGAGGAUCCAGACUUUUUCUUGCUUUAGUCCUGAUCACUUACAAAUUCACCUAAAUAAUCAGAUUCAUACAGCUCAGUUACAUCAUUAUAAAUGCUAGUCGUGCGCAGGUGCCAUAGAGCGCUGGAAGGAACGAUAUGAGGUCACUUCCUUUGCGCUAUCAGGGAAGAGGAAGUAACUUGGCACAAUGACGUCCCUUGUGCACAGAUCUCCAUUUUGCAGAGUGCCAUUGAGGGGUUAAAUGUAGAUGUAAGUCAGCAGGGUUUGUGGCAUUGAUUCCUGGUUUUUGGUAUGUGGUAAUUGAUUUGUUAGACAAACCAAAGUUCAAUCUGGUCUUCUGUUCAAGGGACACAUUAAGCAACAUAACCACUACAGGUGUAUUGCUGCUGUCUUUUUGCAGUUUUUUUUUUUCCUGUAAAAUACUGAAGGUAUAUAUUUUUUUUUUCUCUUCAUUAAAGGGAUACUACAUGAUUAAAUUAUACUCUCUCUCCCCUUUUUUUUUAAAAUAAAGCAAAGCUCUUGCCUUUGGAGGUUUUUUCCAGGGAUUUGAUCUCCUGCUAUUGAUGCCUAUUGGAAUCCGUUACUAGAUGUGUAGGUCUCCAUCUAAAGUUGCUGUCAGUGGGAGAAUUAUUAAAGGGGAAACUAUAUGCCCCAAAACAACUUCAGCUUAAAGUUUUGGUGUAUAGAUCAUGCCCCAUGCAGUCUAACUGCUUGAUUCUCUGCCAUUUAGGAGUUAAAUGAUUGUUUAUGCAGCUCCUAAAUGCCAGUGAGACAGCAGGGACGUGAUCUAUACACCCAAACUACUUCAUUAAGCUAAAGUUGUUUUGAUGCAUUUAGUAUCCCUUUACUUAGCAUGCAUGUUUUACAGGCAAAGAGCCAUUUCUGCCUUGCUUAUGCAAGUUAUUGAAAGUGGCAAUUACUGAGAAACAAAAUUAAACAUUUCCAGUAGUUAUAUAAGGGUAAAGCAAAGGUGCAAGUGGUAAUGACCAUUAUACCGAAAAUGCAUUUCAGUGGGAUGCAUUCAAAAUCCGUAUAACUUUUCAUGUAUUCUUGAAACUCUGGUUUAGUGUUCCUGUUGCAUUUCACCUGAUCAGUGGCCUUUAAUGAACUAGAGUUAUGAGGCAGGUUUUAAACCUUAAUGUGGUGCUUUUUGUUUGUACUGUUCCAACAGCAAUAUGUAACUCGGUGGAAGAAAACUUACUCGGCUUAAAGGAAAACUAUAUAUAGUGCUAGAAAUACAAAGUUUUAUUCCUAACACUAUAUAGUACUCUCUGCGUGACCCCUCCUCCUACAGCGGUGAAUGGUUAAAAGCCCUUUGUCACUUACCUGAGGGACAUGGCGCCUAGUGGCAUUAGGUCUUCCACAUGAAUCAAUACUUUCCUAUGAGGUUUUAGCUGACACUUGAUGUCCUUAUGCAAAGUCAGUUAGUGGGCCAAAAGUUGGCUAAGGACCCGGUGCGUCUCCAUUGGUUGUCUGGUAGACCGCCGCUAGAGGUGGAGUUAACCCCCCCCCCCACCCCCCAAGGUAAAUAUUGUAGUUUCUCAAUAACUGCAUUGAUUACAACUGUAUGGUUAAGGGGGCAGGAACACUGAACCCUGUUCACUUCAAUGAGAUGUAGUGGUCUGGGUACUUAUAGUGCCCCAUUUUAUAAAUGUGGUUUUUCUUUUGACAGACUCAAAACCCAUAAAGCACUUUCGCAAGCAUACGUGGUUUAAUUAGUGUUACAUUAAAGGGACACUCCAGGCACCAAGACCACUUCUGCCCAUUGGAGUGGUCUGGGUGCCACCUUCCACUACUCCUUAAGCCUGCAAGUGUGUGUGUGUGUGUGUGUGUGUGUGUGUGUGUUUUUUUUUUUUUUUUAAUAAACUGCAAAAAUUACCUUGCAGGGAUAACUCCACAUCUAGUGGCUGUCUGCCACUGUCAGCCACUAGAGGGCGCUUCAUAGCACAGAAAACCUGUGCUCCAGCGUCGCUCAGUUCCCCAUAGCAAAGCAUUGAAAAACAUUUUCAAUGCCUUCCUAUGGGGAGCUCUAAUGCGCAUGUGUGGCAAUGCCGCGCAUGAGUAUUAGGUCUCCCCAGCCGGUGGGCAGGAUCAGUCUUGCCCACCGGCCGACGUAAUGCAGAGGAGGAGCGGAGGUAGAAGCAGCGACAUGGAACAUGUUACUGCCUCUGGUAAGGGCCCCCUUUCCUUAAAGGGACACUGUAGGCAGCCAGACCUAACCCUGAACAUAUACUUAUUGCAGUUUCUAUAAACUGCAAUAAUUACCUGCUAGGGUUAACUCCUUCUCUGGUGGUACCCUUGAAAGUGCAACCCAAGGCAAAUGCCCUGGCAGCCUUGCGGUAAAUACAUCCCUGCGUGAGUGGGUAGAAGGAGGGGCAGGGAAUAGUGAAUUUCUUACCUGAGCCUCUCAUGGGUGCUGCCAUCCUCUCUGGCCAGUCCUGUUCUGCCAAUGUCACUGCUGUACUCUCACAAGAGGACCGCAUUGAGACUGUGGGAUACUCCAUAGAUGAAGCCAAUUUCCGUGUAGCCCUCUGACAGCUGAGGGACUGACGUUUCUUGAAGGCGGUAGCUCUGCUGUCUGUCAAGUGUCAGACUAAGGAAAAAUACUGAGACAAGGAGUCCAUACUUUAUAUAUUUUACUUGGAAGUGAAAGUUGGUUCACUAUACCGAAACACAGAUCAGCAGAAAGAACAAUGGAAAUGCAGGAACUAAACACUGCAGUGAUUUAAAAACCUGUCUGUCAUACUCUGAGAACUAUUUAAAGUGGGGUAGCUCCGCGAACUAGAUUGAGGUGAGUAAUUUACAUUUGCCGGUCAGUGCUGGAGCCAAAAAUGCAUGCCAAAAUUAAGGUAGCUUCCACAGUGUUAAUUAAUAUCUGCAAACCUGAUUAGUGAGAGUAUAAAUGUCCAACUUAAGGUAUAUGGUUCAUGUUACGCUUACGAACUAGAAGACUCUCUUAAGGAUUCUAAAUAUGAAGACUGUGCUAGAAAUAACAAAAUAAAAUGUACAGAUCUCUCUAUGGCCCUGACGCCUGAAAACCGCCCUGUGGUGAUGUAGUUAGUAAGUGUAAAAGAACAAAUCUAAAAUGAAAAAUGUUGGUUCCUGUAGGUAUGAACUGUAUACACUUGGGUCAAGGAGUCCCAUCCCCUUCUCGGGACUUAGUCUAUUUGGUAGAUCCCAGGCACAGCUGGGCAGGUGAAUUGCUAUAUGCACUUUUGCAACAUCAAUGCAUAAGAUCUUAUUUACUUCAAGGCAGCAAAAAUGUCUUGUUAGAAUGUUACAUGAGUUUGAUUUUUCACGUGAUCGUGACAGCUGGGUAAAGUGUGUGUUUUUUUUUUUCUCUCUCCAUUUUUAUAAACUCCGCUUAUCGUCUCAUGCAGGCUUCAAAAUGGAACCAAAGCCAUCAAGGUUACCUAGGAGGAUAACCGUUCAGCCUUCUCCUUCAUCAUUAAGUUCUACAGCUAUGAGAAGAGGCCGCCUGGGGGUCCAUAGUGAAACCUACACUACAAGAGACAGUUAUCUGAGGCAUGACUUGGAUUUUCAGGUAAUUCUUUAAAGGAAGGAUUCAGUACACAGAAGAAAGUUUUAAAGUGUUUUACUUAAAUCCUGUUCAGAGAGAUCUAGGCAGUGAUUAUCUUAUAUGUAUCAGAUAUUGGUAGCUCUCCUUUCCUUUCCUUCUCUAGAAGCAUUAUUUGCAUCCUGAUAUGCCUUUUCCAAGAUUGUGAAUAUGGUAACUGGGGAGCAAAGAUCCCUUUUCACUGACCUUCACCCAUGUUCUGUUAACCCCUUAAGGACCAAACUUCUGGAAUAAAAGGGAAUCUUGACAUGUCACACAUGUCAUGUGUCCUUAAGGGGUUAAAUCCUGUAAUGAAAUCAGUUGGCAAUGAAAUGUAUGUGAAACCUAUGAGGUAUGCAUAUUUUGCUUUUUAAUUCCAGGGUGAUUUGUUGCAUACAGUGUUUGUAUUUAUUUUGAGUUUGCGCAUUCAAUUUGAACCCCGCAGCGUAUUAAUUUUAGCAUAUUGAAUCCAAACUGCUAAAUUUUGUAUACAAUAAUAUAAACUUUGAUUAGAGCCUAGUUAGAGAAAUAUUCCAGAGCAGCUAUUUUGACUCUUAUGUAGCAACUUUUUUUUUUUUUCUCAUCUAAAACUCAGUUUAGUGAAUAGCUCUGAUAGAAGGAAAUUGUGCUGUACCCUGAAGGUUUUAGCUGAUGGGCAAAUCCAAUAGAAGUCGCUCACUGUAACUAGGCUUUAUUUGUUCAUCAGAUCAAGACAGACUUGAAGCUGCCCAAUGUAUUUCAGACUUCAGUCAGUCCUUAAUCAUAACCUUGAUUUAAAUGCUAGUUGGAAUGUAGUUGACUGAACACACCAAUACACGCUUGCAAAUGGGUGACUUUAUGUCCGCUCUUAUUUCUUGCUUUUCUCCUCCACAGUUGAUAUUCUUGUAAUUAAUAACCAGCAUAUUUGUGACUUGUAUCCUGAAUGGAAUUCUGGAGCUUAUUAAAAGCAUGUUGCUGCAUUCUGUACUAUCCUGUAUGUGGCACAGUUCUGUGCUGCAGUACGGAUUGCGGUGUCUGCUGUUUAAUAAUCGUACCUGAAUUUCUGUGUGAUAUUUCUUGUCCAAGGCUUUUCUGAAGAUGUUCUUACUUUAAAACUACAAAUGCACUAGGUUUGUUUAGAUUUUUUUUUUUUAUUUCAAAUGUAUAAAUCUCAUGCAGUUUAUACCUGUACGCUCAUGUAAAGUGUGUGUGUGUAUGUGUUUUUUUUUUUUUUUUUAAAUGUAUUAUACUGGUGUAACCUAAAGGUAUGUUUAUCUGACGUUUCCUUUACAGACACCAAUUGCCAGCGGCAUUUUACAAAGUAUUGGUAAUUGAACUUUAGGAUGCUAUAUUGCUGAUUGUGACUGUUCCUAAGCAGUGUGUUUUCAUAACCAUUCCAAUGUACACUUUGUCAGGAAACCUAAGACCUGAAAAAAGAGCUCUCUGCCUUAAUGACCUCAGCCUGAUUAUAUAAACAGAAGUGAGCUUUGAUAUUGACCGGGCUCUUCAGCUUCUGGAAUCUAAAAUCGUUUUAUUUUAGCUGUGGUUCUUUCAAAGAUCCAGGAUCUGUUCAUUACCCAAUUCUUUCAGUCUGAUUAUCAAUAAAACCUAACCUGUUGGUGCGGACAGUGUUCUCAACCAGUUUCCUGGGUCCUCUCAGAUGUCUCUUCAGAAACUGUCAGGCAGAUAGUUGAGUUACAAUAACUCUGGAGGGCAAGAACAUGUCUACUGAAGUGACCAGAGGUGGGUUUUAAGCAGUCUAAUAAGUAUAGUGCUCCCCAGCACCUCUGACCGCCUGAGUACAGCAAACUUUGAAUUAUCAAUACUGCUAAAUAGAGUGCAGUCUAUGGGGGCCCAGGGACUGCUCUAGUUUGUGUCAACAUGCUCUGAGGUACUUUGACCAAGAGACUACUGGCAGAAUAACCAUUACACUGCACUUUAAUGGUUAUGUUGCUUUUACUGCCACUUUAAGAUGCUAUUGCGUUCUCCAGUGGCACUUAUUCUCUGGAAUAUGAUUGUUUUACAUAGCAGGCUUUCCUACUAUGACCGUUUCAAGCUUUGUAAAUUUGUGUUAAUUUAAAAGCUAAUUGGAAUUCAAACCCACCCUUUAGAAUAACCUCAGAAAAACUGAUGCUUGGAUUGCUGUCUUGUACUGUUUGAAGUGGUCAGUCGGACAUCUGUACUGAUAGUACUAUAUUAAUGCACCAAGUCAAAGUGCUAAGUUUGUGGCCCUUCACAGGCUCCAAAGGGUGAAUUGGUUUCUACCUCAGUGUGGAUCAUUUAAAACCAUCAGCUGUACUGAAAGAUACCAAUUCUAGUCUGUAGGCACCAUCAGGACCAAGCUUGCAAUAUAUCAUCCGGUCUAACUACAAACUUUAACUUUUUUUUUUUUUUUUUAAAUAUAUAUUUUAACCACAUGACAUCGUGUACAAAUCUUGUAGGAUUUUUUCCCUCUCCCCCUCUUACUUUUGUUGGCUUAUGUCUCUGGGUACCACUGGAGUUUUAUGAACUACUGUUAUUUACACAUAGUAAGCACCAAUGCAGAAUGAUCUAUUGUUGAAAAAAAUAAAUUACGUUAGUCACAUUUGAAUUUUAUGUAACUUACAAUGUAUACUUCUGUUGCAAUGAUUUAAAUACCAAAUGCAGUUUGAUUUGCCAUGUUGCAUAUUCUGGAAACCUUUCUAAUGUGGUCUGUAAUUCACUUGUGUGGGUUGCUUGGUCUCCUUUAUUUCAAUUAAAGGACCACUCAAAAAACAAAGUAUGUUGUAGUGGUUGUUGCCAGGAGUGCACUGAUGCCCCAUCCCUGUUUUGGUAGCCACACACCAAUUUCAAGCAGACUGACUUACCACUGUGCACUGCUCCCUGCCUCCACUACAGCUCACGGAGCUUCUGAAUGAAGCUCUGUUUUGUUGUGCCUUGAAUAUUUAACUCUUUGAGUCAUCAUAGAUUGUGCUAGUAAAUGUAUGGAUCAAAAAAAUAUUGUACUGUCUUCCAGGCCUUAUUUGAAAUGUGUGGAAUGUUUAUCUAUGUGUUAAUCAACUUGUGGGUUUUUGGCUAGGAACCUGGUGCGUUGCCUACAUCAAGCAGAGAUUGGACCAGAGAGAGGUACAACCUUGAGCCUAACUGGAAGACUACCUCUUCCACUUAUCAGCGAUGCUCAGGAACUUAUGAACGCUCCUUGUCUGGGAGCUUAGGAAGCCGAAGCAGAGUUGUAAGUUGUGUUUUUUCUCUCUUGUUUUUUCCCUUUUUUCUAAACAGUCUUCUGCGCAGAAUGCAUUUAUGAUGCAGCUUGCCACAUUUGUAGAUUUUCUCAACAUAACUGCUUAAUUAUCUUGGAGGGAAGACUUUCACAUCUCUUCCCCCCCCCCGCCCCCCCCCCUUCCUGGUGUAUAUUUCACUUGCCUGACAUGUGAGCUGGUAUGUUCAUGUUUAAAGGGCUGUUCUGCAUGCUCUGGUUUCAGGUGAUCAUUCUUUCAAGGACUCCUGAAAGAACUCUGUAGAAACCGUGUGUAUAUAUACUGGAAAUAUUGUCACAUUGGCUAGUAUUUGCUACCGUUUAUAGAACUGAUUGCGAAUGGAAAUGUGUCAUAAUUACAAAUGUGCAAAAGACUUUCAUUAUGGCCAUAAUUUCAUACUCUGAAUGUUGGCCAUCAUGUUAUAAUGUGGGGAACGUCUGUGAAAUGAAUUCUACAUGUUUAUUCACUAAUGAAGGAGAGUUUAGAACGUUUUGUUUGUGUUGGUGGCUUUUCAAAGAGAUCCAUCUUUGGGAUGCAUCACUCACUGUUUCUUUAGCUCUUGCUGAGUUUGUAACACUUUCCUGAUAAUUGGAACCAACUCUAGGGGUUCAGCUGCCCUCCAUGACUCCAUUCCAAUUCCUGGGUUUUGCUCUCAGAAUAGUGUCAUAAAAUGUUUAGGAGCAUAAAAAUAACCUCUUCUACAUUGGUGGAUGGGAGCACCAGUUUAUGAGAAGGCUGGUGUGGGAUUCCCAGACAGAUUAUGUGAUACUAGACCAGGCAUAGGCAACCCUUUGGCACUCCAGAUGUUUUGAACUACACCUCCCAUGCUUUGCCAGCAAUAUGGGUGGAAGUGCAAUAUGGGGAUGUGGUCCACAUCUGGUGUGCCAAAGGUUGCCUUCCCCUGCACUGGUUGUCCUCUUCCUCCUUGGCUUCCACCAUGUUGAAGCAGCUCUGUGGUGCAGCUUUGAAAGUUCCUUUUAGAUGUUUACAAAAAGCAUACUUGUCCUUAAAGUGAACCUGUCACUCCAGUUUCCACACUAGUUGGCUUUAGAAACAUAGCAUUCCUUAACUGCCGACCUCUGGGGGGGUUGUCUCUUAUAUCCGGUUACUCUAGUAUCUGCUUAGACCCUAUGCUACUGGCAUACAGGUAUAAUGCCGAGGAUUGAUUGAAAGGUGGAGGAAAGAACAUUUUGAAAGUACAUUCAAUUAAAGUCUGUAUAUCUAUCAUUUCUGCUACCACAAUGUAUAGAUAAAAUUUAAUGGACUUUACCAUAUUUAAAACAUACAUAUCUGUCAUUGACAAAAUAAAGAAUUAUAAAAAAAAAAAAACCAUACAAUAUUUGAGUUAAAAAAAUAAAGUGAGGUCGACUUUGGAGUCACAAUACCAGCACUCUAAAAAUAUUUACACUGAUAAACCAUAUCUAACAAAUUAACCACCAUAUCAACUCCAUAAUUAUCAUUGGCGGAUUUAUAAAAAAAGUGGCGGUUCCCACAAGUAUUCGUAAAGGUUUUUUGUUUUCUCCCUCUAAAGUCUGCUGCUUCAUCGUCCUCUUCAUCAUCAACUUCCUCCUCUUCUUCUUCUUCACCGUCUUGGUAUGAGCCUCUGGAGAGGGCUCCGGGCACUUAUACUGGAUUGCACAGCCAGCAGCAGGAUUGGGAUUCUAAGCGACCAAAGCUCUCUUACACAGGUUGUUCAUCUCUUUCUGGUAUCAGAAGUAAUACAAAUGGAUUGCGUUCCAGUCCAGGUAUUAUCCCACUUUAUUAUGUAUCCAUAAUAUACUUUCCAGUCCCUCCAGUAAAUAGUAUGUUGAAGGAUUAUAAAAUAAAUCAAAUCUAUUUCCUGUGUCUCCAGAUUCAAGUAGGUAUGGACGCUUCCCCAGAACAUCAUCAUUAAUGCUUGGAUCUACUGGGCCAGAUUUAACACGUGAAAGGGAGAGGCGGACAGAAUCGUCUGCAUCUGUUCAUGGUUUCACAGAUUAUAGGCAUAGAAAUGGGGACACAACACCCUCAUGUAAGUAUCUGUGAUAUGUUCUGUUCCAUAAUCAGUAAUCAUGGACUAAUUGUAUUACAGGUUAUUCUGGAUUCUUGCAUAGGUGGUCAUGUUUUGGUGUGUAGCAGAUUAAUAUAGUAGGCUGGAAUUAAGGGAUAAUCUUUUAGCUUUCAUUAGGGGAACAAUCCCUGCUUAUCGAAAUACAGAUUUUACCAAAUGGAUAUUGGUAACAUGUAAAAAGUGUAAAUUCUGCAUUCUUAAGGCUACUAGUGAGGAUAUUUGGGUCCUAGGGAGAACCCUGGUUCUUGAUUCAUUCAAAACUGUUUUCCAGACAACGCUGGGCUGUGGUUGUCUCCAAUGUUAAUGAUUUCUGGAAACUUGGGAACCUCAACAAAACCACUGCUUACAGAGUGUUUGGGAAAUUAAGAUUUGUCGUUUUUUUUUUUUUUUUUUUUUUUUUUUUGUGUGGUUGGAAGAUAGUCUUGCAGUGCCACAGCAACAGAUUCAUACAUAUUAGAACUAGGGAUCGACCGAUUAUCGGUUUUACCGAUAUAAUCGGCCGAUAUUCGGUAUUCUCGGCGGUAUCGGCCAAUUCAGAUACCGAUAUUGCCGAUAAUACCUCCUAGGACUGCCAGGCUCAUUACAAGCCCGGCGGUCCUGGGGGGGCGGAGAGCAAGCGCUUACUCACCUCCCAGCAGCUCCUCCAGCUCCCCAGUGCAACUCUCGCGAGACCCGCGGCCGUCAGAGCGUUGCCAUGGAUCACCAUGGCAACGCUCCGCGCGACACGCUGGCCGCGAGAGUUGCACUGGGGAGCUGGAGGAGCUGCUGGGAGGUGAGUAAGCGCUUGCUCUCCGCCCCCCCCAGCUCAGCCAAUGCCACUGGACCACCAGGGACUGUCAUAUCCCCCCUCCCUGGCCAGGUAACAAGCAGGGAGGGGGGACAACAAAAAUAAAUAAUAAAGUAAAUAUAAUUUUUUUUUUUUAAUAAUUUAAUAAAAAAUGCCCCCUCACACACUGCAUUAUAUACACAUACACUACACAAACACACUGUGUAUAUAAUGCAGUGUGUUUGUGUAGUGUGUGUAUAUAAUGCAGUGUUUGUGUAGUGUGUAUAUAUAAUGCAUUGUGUUUGUGUAGUGUGUGUAUAUAAUUCAGUGUGUUUGUGUAGUGUUUGUGUAGUGUGUGUAGUGUUUGUGUAGUGUGUUUAUAUAAUGCAGUGUGUGUGUGUUUGUGUAGUGUGUUUAUAUAAUGCAGUGUGUGUGUGUGUUUGUGUAGUGUGUUUAUAUAAUGCAGUGUGUGUGUGUGUGUGUGUUUAUAUAAUGUAGUGUGUGUUUGUGUAGUGUGUUUAUAUAAUGUAGUGUGUUUAUAUAAUGCAGUGUGUGUGUGUGUGUGUGUUUGUGUAGUGUGUUUAUAUAAUGCACACUACACAAACACACUGCAUUCACUAUACACACUACACAAAUACACACAGUCUGCAUUCAUUAUACACACACACUUUGCAUUUAGUAUAUACAGCAUUCACUUUACGCACACUACCCACACACUACACAAACACUCUGCUUUCAUUAUAUACACACUACACUAAUACACACUGCAUCCACUACACACACUAGACAAAUACACACUGCAUCCACUACACAAACACACAUUGCAUCCUCCACACACUGCAUCCACACACACACUACACAAACACACACAGCUCCCCUGUCACACUGCAUCCACUACACGUGGCAUGUAUAUUUUGUGCAUUUACCUUUAGAAAUAGUUUUUAUUUUGGUAAAUGUACAGAAUAUCGGCAAAUUAUAUCGGCUAUCGGCCUGAAAGUUCACAGAGUAUCGGUAUCGGCUCUGAAAAAUCAAUAUCGGUCGAUCCCUAAUUAGAACAAUUGCAUGGCAAAUGAUCUAGCCCAACUUUUAUAAUUAUAGUAAUAAAUAAGCAUAGUUAAGCUGAACAUUGUUUAAGUGAAUAGUGAAAUGUUUUUUUUCAGACUGGUCUAGUAUUGGCAUUCUAGCAAGAUCAAGUAAAUUGUAGGUUAUGCAUUGCCCAGCAGGACUUGGUAACUAACAAAUGACUAAACCUGAGGUGAUAUAAGAUUAUAACCUAAGUAGGUUAGCACAUAUAUAGUUGGAGAGCAAGAUUUUUGGGAAACCAGAGCAUCUGUGAUAAUGAGAUUCUACUCAGCACAUAGCCCUGAGUGGGAAGUGCCCAGUAUUGACACGGGAGCUCAGUGGUAAAUGAUGUGCACUGAAAUUCACAUGCCUAUUGAAAACUGCAACAUAAAAUAAGAGUAAAGCACAUUGCUUGUUUUGUAGGCUAAACCUGCUUUACACUGUAUGGCAAGAUUAGUCCCAGGAGCAGUUCAUGCUUUUCACCCCAUGCCAAACCUAGUGGCUUGAGUCUGGGGUGAGAGCAGAGAUGGAGCCAGGGCAGGGUAGUGCCAUGCUGUGAGGUUGCCGCUGCAUUCUGUCUGCCACGUGCCUGAACUCGAGGGAGGUUGUGCUUAUCACUGUGGGUUGUGGGGUGCCCAUCUCUCUGCUUUCACUGAGGGUUAGGCUGCUGUGCAGUCCCCACUCUGGUGUUUGCCACCUGAAUGCUGCACAGAGCUGAACAAAGUGUGUUGGCAGUGUGCCACAGCCUUGUGAGGGAUGAGUGCAGUUUACAUGUGCCAUCUCAGUGCAGGCAGCUGCCAUCUUAGGGGAGUUGUGUUGCUUUGCUUCCUCUCGCUUGUACCCAUCCACCUGGGCCUGUGUGUAGUUCCAGGUUUGUAGUAGUGUAAUGGGAUGGAUUCCCCACUGAGAACACUGUGGGAUAGGGGAGCAAUGUACUCGGUUAGCUUGGCUGAGUCGCAGCAUAUGGGGCUUAGUCUGCCACUUGCUCCGGGUGGAUGCGACUACUCCGCAUGGUGGUCAAGCUCCACCCCAUUAAUAUUGUUUCUAGUUCCAAAAGUUUUAGUUGUUAGAAAGAUGGUUUGAGUGUUUUCAUUUUUAACAAACGCUUGUCUAAUUCUGACUUUGGCAGAUGUUGCUUUAGCAGAUUUUUCAGGUACAUUUUUAGUUGACAAAAAUGCAUUACCUUUAGUUACCACCAGGCACUGCUCCCACUAUUUCAGAUGCAGAGCCGAAAGCUCAAAAGCAGGAGCUUCAAUUUGCUCUCCUGAGCUGGUUCCAAACACCACUGACUUGAUCAGAGAGCCAGCAUUACUGGCUGCCGAACAAAAACUUCAUGAUACUGGAGGAAGUUAGAGGGCACGGUUUUGGGUGCUAGGGGACCAGCUGUUUUAAAUAUGUAAGCUGCACUUGGUUAAAAAUGUGGAAGUCUGGGAUAUGUAUUGCACAUUUAUCACCCUUAAUAUGAAUGUUGCAAUGUGAAUGCUGUAGGAACUGGCUUUGUCUUAAACGUCCUGCAUUAUCCACCAAUUUAGUGGAAAAUGAACUGUUAAUCGUUAACACAUGGGGUGAGCAGCAGCAUUGGAACAUGGAUGUGUAGUACAAAACUAAGCCCUGUGCUUCCCCUAUUCCUGGGCGGCAGCAGCAAUGCCUACAGUACACAUCCUCCCCAAUGCAUACAAUAAAAACAAAAGCAAAAAGUUGCUUAUAUUAGUCAUAUUACAUUGCUCCCACUCACCCCUUGUGUUCCCUAUUAAGGGUAAACAAGUGGUUUAGGAAAACAACUUUCCCAUUGGACAUUCAGCCUCUUUGGCAAAAAUCAGCAAGGUGAAUUUGGUGUAGAACUUGCAUGAGCGGUUUUGCACUAAUGUGACAAGUGAGAUUACACUUGAAUACCAUUGGAGUGAUCACACUUUUUUAUUUUAUUUUUUUUUUUAAAUGUGCGUUGCGACUUGGAAUAGCUUACUUUAGUUUGUUUUUUACUAUUCUAUAUUUAAUGUAGUAUUCAUUUUUAAAAACAUGCCACUUGAAAUCCAGUUUACUUAUAGAAAUAUAAGACUUUUGUGUUUGAUUUUUAUUUUAUUUUUUCCCCUUAACCUAAAAAUACAAACUAUUUAGAUUCUACACUUUUCUCCCCAUCCCCCCCCCUUUCCCCUCUUUACUACAGAUCUUCAAGAUAGAGUUUCAUCAUAUGCACAGGGUGCAAGACCAAAAGAAAAUUCCUUAAGCACAUCACGAUUUAAUACAUCUUCUCUUAACCGCCAGUUGCCUUCUCAACACAGUUCUUCUUUAUUCAGCAGAGACUCAAGUAGGAACUCAAGACAAGGCACCUCUGUAGAACCAAUCUCCUCACAAAGGGAAGUGCGAUCUGACUUGCGCCACACUACUAGCAGAAAUGAGGGGACUUCAGGGAGCAUAUUAAGACGGGUUUCCACGACUCCAAGAUCUUCAAAUGAACAGCCUUCUGAUACAGAUGGCAGACGUACAACAAGGCACUUGCUGUCUCGUCUAGCUUCUAGUAUGUCCUCCACGUUCUUCUCCAGAAGAUCAAGUCAAGAUUCUUUAAAUGGAAGAACGCCAGAAUCUGAAGAAGCACAACCUUGUUUACAAGAUGCAUCUCAGUCUAAUGUUGUCACAUCUCCUUCGUCUGACCUACCCGAGAAUAGGGCUUCUGAUCAAUCUCAGGGAUUUGUAUUUCUCAGACGGAGGCUGUGGGGUGUGUCCGCUGUUUCUCCAAGUCAAAGCUCUGAUUCUGAUGCAGAUAGCAACCGAUCUGAAGAAUCUGAUACAAGGACUUCUGGAUCAUGGCUGCCUUCGUCCAUUAGGAAUAGAUGUACUCCACUUUUUUCAAGGAGAAGACGAGAGGGAAGGGAUGAAACUGCAAGAGCAACAUCUACCUCUGACACAAGCCGUUCGCACAAUCCUUUCAGACGGUCAUCACGAGAAGAACAAUCUUCUUCAGAAGAAACACAAAGAAGUUCUCAAGGUGCUGCAGCCAGCUCUUCACGCUCUCCUACAAAUAUCGCUACAGCAAACGCUUCUUUAGCAGAUUCUAUCUUCAGCAGGAGAAAUUCAGGAAUUUCUGGCAUGCUUCCAAACUCCUUUCUACACUUUUCAGUGCCAGCUGCACUGGGCAACACCUUAUCAGAUAAUGUCAUGAUAACUGUAGAUAUUGUUCCAUCAGGUAGGUCAAGUGAUGACCAAGAAAGUGUAAAGUCUCAGAGCUCUUCCAGAGAUCCAGAGAAAUUAAAGAAAAUACAGGAAAGGUAAGGUUUCUCUCUCUAAAACGAUUCCAACACGCAUAACCAGUACUGAAUAUUGUUACCUAGCAGUAUCAUUUUUCAUUUCCAGUUCUUGUACCCUUUGUUAGGGCAGAAUUCUUAGUGCAAUGUGUUGCUGCUGAUCUUUCUAGCUGGAACAGCAUUGCAUUAACAGUAAUAGAGCUAAAUAUUAAAAAAAAAUCAUUGUACACUUUUUUUUUUAAAUUAGGAAAAACUGAAAUGUGCUUUCCUCAGCCAUCUCAGUGUUUUGUUUUUUUUUGGUUUUUUUUUUUGUUUUGGUUUUUUUUAAGAAAUCUAGGGGGGUCUGUUCUGUGAAAUAAACAUUCAAGUGAAGUGUCUUAUCUAUGUAAAGGUGUUAUUGCAGUCCUAAAACAAACCUAAUGCCUUAAAUGUGGAAAUUCUCUACCAUAUGUGGUAUAUUCAUAAAUCACAAUGCUUUUUCUAAAAUCUAUUGGACAAGCAUUCUUCUCAAACCUCCCUCUAUUAAUACAUAAUCACAUUGAUUAGCUUUCUUUUUAUUUUGAUGUCUAUUUUUCCAACUGCUUUACUGAGAUGUAUUCAUACCUCUACCUUACAUACCUGUCUCUUGCACUCUACCCUCUCCUCCAGCUCUGCUUCACUCCCACCCUAUUUGAUAUUUCCUGUCCUAACGUGUCUUUUAUACCCCACCUCCUAUAGACUGUAAGCUCGUUUGAGCAGGGUCCUCUUUAACCUAUGGUUCCUGUAAGUUUUCUUGUAAUUGUCCUAUUGUUAAAUCCCCCCUCUCAUAAUAUUGUAAAGUGCUACGGAAUCUGUUGGCGCUAUAUAAAUGGCAAUAAUAAUAGAAUACAUUAAAGUAAGCAGUAGUACAGCGGGGAAGCUUUCAAACAUGGCAACAUACUUGAAGUUGUAAUAAAAAAGAAAAGGAAAAAGGUGAUUAGCGCACACAAAAUAUGAGUAUUACCUUGUAUUAAAAUAAUGUUUCGGGUAAUCAUACACAUUAAAAUUUUCUUGUGACCUGUGCAUAGGUAAAUAAAAUAUACAUAGUGUAACCUGUAUAUAUACAAUAUAUAAAAUGAGGAAAGUUUGGGUCUCACUCACAAUUUCCAGAGCCUUUUAAAAGUUGGCUCUAAACUUAUAGCACUUCUCGUCUCUUCCUUGAGACACAGGUAACUGGUAUAGGUGUAACCACAGGAACCUGGAACUGAUGAAUUGGCAGCAGACUCCAAAAUUAAGUAAGGAGUUAUUUUUUUUUUUUUUAAUUCUUUAUUUUUUCGCAGUCAACUUGUGAUAGACAUUGUGUAUGACAUAUUCAAUAAAGCAUAACAUUGCGGUUAACCAUUUACAUGCAGUUGGUAGGAUAUCAAUGUAGCCUGCGGUUUUUAUUUUUAUUGUAAUGUAGCGUGUUACUGCCAUAUACUUGCCUCCAGUGGUAGUGGAAAUAUAUAUCUAGGGCAUGCAUGGCCGUACAUUAGCAAAAAUGAGUGAGAAGUAGUGUGUCUCUAGAGCGGGCAGGACGCUGUAGGAGUGCAGCUCCACAUGGUUGAGUGGGUGUUAGUGGAUACUAGCGUGGAGCUGGGGGGGGGUUGGUGGUCUUUAGGGAGCCUGUGUUCCCGGGUUAAUCCCGGUCGCGGCUCAUUUAGGCUUGUCUGGUGGGAAAGAUGGUUACGGUCCUUCCCUGCUUGCGUUGUAUAUGUAGAUGCGUAGCAUUUAAGUGUUGUCUGAGUAAAGGAAAAUACAAUAACAACUAAAAAACUUAUGCUGUGCUAACUGUGCAUCUGUAAGAUGCUGGCCCCAUGAGGCCCGUAUGUCGUAAUAGGUGAGGAAACAAGAUUUAAACUAAAAUAAACAAAAAUAAACAGAAGGCAGUCUCCAGAGUCAAGUAUUUGCUCGGCUGGGUAAACUCCUACUCGCCGGGAUGAACGGGAUAGCGUUAGCCGGGUCCCAAGCUGUCGGUGCAGCCAUUGCAGUGCGGUUCAAACCCAGUGUGGUCAGAGUUGCCUCGAUCUCCGAUGCCUCAGUCACCCUGAUCUGUGUUCUGAUGCUGGAUGAGUAGCGCUCGUGUUGGGCCCCAGCGGUAUUUGAGUCCCUUCGACGAUAAUAUGGAUGUGAGGGGACGUAGUGUUUUUCGCCACUGUAGGGUCUGGCGGGAGAGAUCAGAAUAGGUGAUUUCCAUCUCCUCGAACCGGAACGGGGGUUUGCCUCGCACUGCACUCAUAACGGCUGCCUUGUCCUGGCCAUUUUGAAAUUUGACCAGUAUGUCGCUGGUGUUGGAGGCAGUGGCUGAGGGAGGCCUGGGGAGCCGAAACAUCCCAUCCAGUGUAAUGCCCCUGGCUUGUUUGGGAGAGAGAAGGGCUGUGAAGAGCCUGCGCAUGCAGUGUGGUAAUUCUGCCUGGGUGAUAUUGUCUGUGAGACCCCUGAUUUUCAGGUGUUUCCACCUUCUUCUAUCCUCCAUGGCUGCAAGGUGGUGGCUUAGAGUGUUGUGAGCUGUGGUGAGGGUGUCAAUCUGGGUCUGUAGCUCCAGGAUUUGGGCUGUAUGUGUUGUGGUGGUCUGUUCAACUGCAUUUAGGCGCCCAUUGAAUCCCUUAAGGUCCUCUCUAACCUGUGAGAUUUCAGACGACAGACUUUGACGGAGGUCCACCAGGAGGCCGGUGAGUAUUUCUGUGGUGAGCGGUGCUGACCCUUUGGCUGCUGGCUGGGCAGGUUUUGGAGGCUGUAUUCCCUGCUCCCCCAGAUUGUGAAGGGAGUAGUCUUCUGAUUCAUCAGAGAAAUCCUCCAGGUCCGCCGCCAUGUCAGUUCGACCUGCUCCAUGCGGCCCUCUCAGGAGGUCGCCGAUAUCGGCGCAGAAUCUGGGUCUAUCUGGUCGGGGUUUUUUGGUCUUCCUCCCCAUCGUUUGUGGUAUCGUCUGGUGCUUAUUGGAGGGGGUAUACACCCCGUAUUUCAGCUGGUUUUAGGCGUUUUUUUGCCGCUUUGUCGGAGCUCAGGGAGAUUGCGACCGUUGCUGUUGAGCGCUAGCUCCGCCCCCAGUAAGGAGUUAUUUUUAUUGUAACAAAUUGUUAAAAUGGUGUGUAUAUACUAUUUUUUUUGUGUAUGUAUAUAUAUAUAUAUAUAUAUAUAUAUAUAUAUUCUUUUAUUUUAACAAUUUGUUACAAUAAAAAUAACUCCUUACUUAAUUUUGGAGUCUGCUGCUAAUUCAACAGUUCCAGGUUCCUGUGGUUACACCUAUACCAGUUACCUGUGUCUCAAGGAAGAGACGAGAAGUGCUAUAAGUUUAGAGCCAACUUUUAAAAGGCUCUGGAAAUUGUGAGUGAGACCCAAACUUUCCUCAUUUUAUAUAUUUGUGUGUGUGUAUAUAUACAGGUUACACUAUGUAUAUUUUAUUUACCUAUGCACAGGUCACAAGAAAAUUUUUAAUGUGCAUGAUUACCCGAAACAUUAUUUUAAUACAAGUAACACUCAUUAUAUUUUGUGUGCGCUAAUCACCUUUUUCCUUUUCUUUUUUUAUUAUAUCACGUUUGUAAGUGUAUUUGGUGAUACUACACUUGGGAAAUUUUAGCUGCACCAGGUUUUACUAUUUUUAGUGCCUUUGUAUCCUUUUUUUUUAUCUUAUUUAAAUACUUGAAGUUGUGUGUGAUGGUUUUUUUUUUUUUGUUUUGUUUUUUUUUUGUGUGUAGCUAAAUCUCACAUUAGUUGGUUCAUAUUUGUAAAUGAGCUCCUAUUGAUUUAUGUAGAAAGUAAAUAGGUUUUAGUAUAUUCUGCCAACAUCAGUAAUGCUUUCUAGUUUAUUAGAUAACUAAUACUGUGCUAAACCAAUCACUGGUAUAUGCAUGUAUUCUAAGCUGCAGUAGGCUUUAAAAAUUAGUUGGGUGUUUAUGUGUUUUUUUGUCUGCUAAUUCUUUGUAGUAUUUUUACAUUUCUGCUUGUUUUCUAGCCUUCUCCUAGAGGAUUCUGAUGAAGAGGAGGAUGACCUGUGCAGAAUUUGCCAGACUGGAAUGUCUACCCCAAAUAAUCCCUUCAUACAACCUUGCAAAUGUUCUGGCAGUCUACAGUAUGUUCACCAGGACUGUAUGAAAAAGUGGCUGGAAGCAAAAAUUAAUUCAGGCAAGUACAUGUUUUUUCUAUAAAUGCCUGGUAAAAUAUGGCUAAGUAAAGAGUGCCUAGUAUUCCACAAAUUGUACUCAAAUAAAAGUUUGUAUUAGAUCUCUUGUAGCAGUAACUCCCAUAAUAAAAGUCGAAAAAAGAAUCUUCACUAUUGUGGCUCUGCAACACAAUUCUGAAGUUGUAUUUGAGUGUAAACCAUUCCAAUAGUGCUCACUGCAUUCUAUGUAUGCAAUAUACAAAAUAUAUUGAAAGCAGGUUUUUAAACUCAUUUCCUUAAAGGAACACGCCCAUCUUUGUAACAUGAGCUCAUUAAAGGAACACUUUAGGGUCAGGAACAAAAACAGGUGUUUUUUUACCCUAUAGUGUUAAAUCCACCAUCUGGUCCCACCCCCUCCCCCUUCACACCUUUAAAUAUAGCAAAUAUUACAUUUAAUCUAGUCUGCUACUGCUGCAGGCUAUGCCCCUGAUCUUCCUGCUUAAUUAACAUCAGAAGUAUUGCUCAAUACCAAUCCCCUCUCCCUCAACAUUUUGUAAUUGUCUCACCUAUUGUUAAAAUUCAAAGUGCUGCAGAAUAAAAUGGCAGAUAAUCUGCAUUUAUGUAGCGCAAACUGGAGUGCCCAUGCCCAUUCCCCUAAUUGCUCUAAAUCUCUCUGCAGCAAAGUAAUAUUCUGCUCCCAUUGUAUUAACCUAGUUUUGUCACCUGCAAUCACCAACCCCUAACUCACCAUGCCUAUUCGAAAUAAUUUCUCAUGUUUAGGUGAGUGCACACCUGUUUCAAACAUUGCCAUUUAACUUCAAAGAGAAUGUGUUUUACAUUGCCACAGAAAGGGACAUGAUCAAUUUAGCGAAGCAGUUUUGGUGUUUAGUGUCCAUUUAAUGGACAAUCCAAACUUAUUUGCAUGAUGGCAAACGGAGUCCACAACUUAUGCAGUGCUACAGAAUGUUACUAAUUUGUCUUUAAAGGCAUGUACGAAGAAUUGUCUGACAUUUCUGUAUUUGGCUGGUUUUAUCUAUUUGCACAGGCUGGGGCAAAAGUCAAAUUGCAGUUUUCAGAUCUGUUUGUACAAAUGGAGAAGUCACUAUAAAGGUGCAAAGAGUUCUAGUUGAUAGCUUGUGUCAUUAAUAAGCUGUUUUGUUUUUCCAGUUAUAUAAGCAUGCUAAUCUCAAAUCCAUUCUCAAAUUUUUUUUUAAACCUUUUUUUUUUGUUAUAGGAUCAAGUCUAGAAACUAUCACUACGUGUGAAUUGUGCAAAGAGAAACUCUCGCUGAAUUUGGAGGAUUUUGACCUUCAUGAACUUUACCAGGCUCAUGCAAACGAGAGAGUAAGCGUUCUAUCCCUGUGAUCCAUGUGCUGUGCUUGCUAUUCACGGUUUAGCACAUCUAGCACUGACUGGAAGUAUAGUAAUGGAAUGAAUGUCAAUCCAUUCAGAUUCCGGCUGGUUGGAGUGAAGCCAGUGACUGUCAUUGAAGAAGUUUAUACUGCUUGAGGGGGGGUGUUGGGUGGGGUGGGAGUGGAAGAAGUGUUAGAAUCCUGAAAAAUUGGUUCAGCAGUUGGAAAUAGAGCAGCAUAUAACACCAAAUACUUGGGGCAAACAAAUAUAUGUAUUUGGUGAUCCACAUAUAUCGGACUAAAUACAGCCGUGGUAUAGGAUACAUCAACUUAUCCAGAUCGCCCAAAAAGUAAUUCUGAUCAGUAUGUCUAAAGAGCUUUUUUUUUUUCUUCAUAAGGUAACUGGAUUUCUAACCUCCUCCAGUGAGCUGUGUCUACAUACUGCGUUCCCCAUAUAUGAAUUUGUACAGCGUAUCUUGAGGGUUGGAGGAGUUAGACUGCUGCAGCAAUAGGGACUACUUGUUUAACUGGCACCCAUGAAGGUGUUUUAGGAACGGUCUAGCUGAAGCUGCCAAUAUUCUGACUCCCACAUGGGGAAAGCAGUAUGUAUGAAACAUAGAAUGUGACGGCAGAUAAGAACCAUUUGGCCCAUUUAGUCUGCCCAAUCUUCUAAAUACAUCUUAUUAGUCCCUGGCAUUAUAUUAUAGUUAGAAUAGCCUUAUGCCUAUCCCAUGCAUGCUUGAACUCCUUUACUGUGUUCAUCUCUACCACUUCAGCUGGAAGGCUAUUUCAUGCAUCCACUACCCUCUCAGUAAAGUAAUACUUCCUGAUAUUAUCUUUAAACCUUUGCCCCUCUAAUUUGACUGUCCUCUUGUUGUGGUAGUUCUCCUUCUUUUAAAUAUAGACUCCUCCUUUACUGUGUUGAUUCCCUUUAUGUAUUUAAAUGUUUCUAUCAUACCCCCCCUGUCUUGUCUUUCCUCUAAGCUAAAGAUGUUAAGAUCCUUUAACCUUUCCUUUAUCCUGCAAUCCAUGAACCAGUUUAGUAGCCCUUCUCUGAACUCUAAGGUAUCCAUAUCGUUCUGAAGAUAUGGUCUCCAGUACUGUGUACAAUACUCCAAGUGAGGUCUUACCAGUGUUCUGUACAAUGGCAUGAGCACUUCCCUCUUUCUACUGCUAAUACCUCUCCCUAUACAACCAAGCAUUCUGCUGGCAUUUCCUGCUGCUCUAUUACAUUGUCUGCCUACCUUUUUAAGUCAUCAAAAAUAAUCACCCCAAAAUCCCUUUUCUCAGAUGUUGAGGUUAGGACUCUAUCAAAUAUUCUGUACUCUGCACUUGGGUUUUUACAUCCAAGAUGCGUUAUCUUGCACUUAUCAACACUAAAUGUCAGUUGCCACAACUCUGACCAUUUUUCUAGUUUACCUAAAUCAUUUGCCACUUUGCUUAUCCCUCCUGGAACAUCAACCCUAUUAUACAUGUCUUGGUAUCAUCACAUAAAUACAUACCUUGCCAUCAAGACCUUCUGCAAUAUUACUAAUAAAAAUUAUUAGAGAAUGAGUCAAUGUACAGAUCCUUGAGGGACCCUACUGGUGACAAGCCCAUGCUUCGAAUAUACUCCAUUGACUACAACCCUCUGUUUGUCACUCAGGCCACUGCCUUAUACAUUCAACAAUAUGGAAAUUUAAACUUAGAUUGCAGUUUAUUGAUAAGCCUUCAAUGUGCAACAGUGUCAAAAGCCUUACUGAAAUAUAGGUAAGCAAUGUCUACUGCACCACCCCGAUCUAUUAUUUUAGUUUCCCAAUAAAAAAAAGAAUAAGAUUGGUUUGUCAUGAUCUCCCUGACUAAACCCAUGUUGUCUCUGAUCUUGAAAUCCAUGUGUUUUUAGAUGUUCAGCAAUCCUAUCCUUUAACGUGGUUUCCAUUACUUUCCCCACUACUGAAGUAAGGCUUACUGGUCUAUACUAGCCUGACUCCUCCCUACUUGUGAAUGGGCACAACAUUUGCGAACUUCCAAUCUUCUGGGACUACUUCUGUUAACAAUGGUUAAAUAAAUCUGUUAAUGGUUGUGAUAGUACACCCCUAAGCUCUUUUAAUAACUUUGGGUUUAUUCCAUCAGGUCCCAUUGACUUAUUUGUCUUUACUUUUGACAGUUGAAAUAGAACCUCUUCCUCUGUAAACUCACAUGUAACAAAUGACUUUUUUUUUUUUUUUUCUGGGCAAUUUUAUCUUCUGUGUGAGAUUUGGAAGCUUUUUUUUAACUUGCUUAGCCUCUUUCUGCUUAAUCUUAUAGAUCUGUAUCUUCAUCACUCUGGUGUGGUUUUUUUUAUAAAUAAUUACUAAAUGCUAACGUUUUUUACUAUUUUGGCCACAGUGGUUUGUUGACUUCUUUUUGCUUUUAUUGACAAGCCUAAUGCAAUUUUCUGUUGCCUUCAGCAGUGCAAUUUUUAAAUAAUCCCAUUUCUCUUGGACUCCAUUUAAAUUGCUCCAGUCUGACUCCUGUACACAUUCUAAUUUUAGAAAAGUCUUUUUCUAAAGUCUAAAACUUGUGUGGUGUGACUCAGUCACUGUUCUUAUAUUAAACCACACUGGUCACUGGAUCCUAAACUUUCACCUACAGUAAUAUCGGAUACAAAGUCUCCAUUUGUUAACACUAAAUCUAGUAUGGCCUUACGAGUUGGCUCCUCAACGACAUGUUUUAGACAAUCCCAGUAGGGAGUUUAGAAUGUGUGCUCCUGGCACAAGCAGCUAUUUUGGUUUUCCAGUUCACAUCAGGAAGAUUAAAGUCACCCAUUGUCACUUUAGCGAUUUCCUCAACUAGUAGAUAUCUAACUUCUGCCCUGGGAACCUAUAAAUCACACCUACACAAGUUACUGCGUGAUUACCAAGUUGUAACGUAACCCAAAAGGACGCUCUGUUCGCCUCCUAACUUUUAUUAGGCUAGAUUUUAUGCUAUCCUUCACAUACAGGGCCACCCCUCCCCCUUAUUGCCUUCCCUGUCUCUUCUAUAUAGAGAGUACCCUGGUAUUGCUAUGUCCCAGUCAUUUUUCUCAUUAUACCAUGUCUCAGUAACAGCGACUAAAUCUACAUUAUCAGUUGCCAUUAUUGCCACAAGUUCAUGGAUCUUAUUCCCUAAUCUGCAGGCAUUUGUAGACAUGACUCUAAGCUUUUUUUUAACACACUUGCUGCUGACACCUUCUGUCCUUGUUUUGAGGGGCAAUUGGAUUGAUGUUUUAUCACCCUUUUGCUACCCCCUAUCUAGUUUAAAUACAGCUCACUGGAGGAGAAUGUUAGAAACCCAGUUACCUUAUGAGGAAAAAGCUCUCUAGACAAUAAUUGCUUUUUGGGGAUCUGGAUAAGUUGAUGUAUCCUAUACGACUGCUGUAUUUGGUCUGAUAUAUUUCUGGAUCACCAAAUAAACAUUUGUUUGCCCCAAGUAUUUGGGGUUAUAUGCUGCUCUAUUUCCAAUCGUUGAUCCAAUUUUUCAGGGUUCUAAUGAUACACCCUCUGAUGUGGCUUAAAGCUUAGUUGUACUCUCUUAUUAACCCUAGAGUACCACGGUUUGAAAUUAGACUAUCUCUAGGUCUAAUUAGACCACGUCUUAUUUGGGAAUCUACUUUUCAAACCGAUGUAGUAGUUUACAAUUGAGACUCUAAGCUACCGACCAAAAUACUACAGCCAUUUUAAUAUUAAAUGGAUAGGAUCAUUUAUGGGGAAUACAUUUUAGGCAACACAAAGCCUGCUGGUUUACCAAUUGGAUUAUUUAUACAUCUAUCCUUCAUUAUAAAGUGUUAACUUCCAGGUUCAGUGUUAUAUGUUGCACUCACCUUUUAUCAGCCUGUCUACUUGAUGGUACCCUAGAGGAAUCUCUGAGGAGAAACUCCUUAUUUUCUCUAUCAUAUGGGAUUGAAAAUAGCUUCUCCAUUGGCUUGGUUAAAAGUGUAACUCAUGUGGAACUCAAAAUGUUAAUUUUUACUUCUUGCACAAUGGAGCAAAAUCCAGCAUUCACCUCCAUGGCUGCUGGCUCUCUUAAACAAUUCCCAACGAAGCAUUGACGUCUAAAUUGUUGAAAAUAAAAAUUGCAAAAUGCACUAGUUUUACCAGUUUUAUUUUAAUCGCAGAGGUUUGUUUUUAAAUUUUGGAAUCUCAAUCUUUCUUUCUGUAGGCAGAAUAUGAGUUUAUAAGCUCCGGAUUGUACCUGGUUGUGUUGCUUCACUUGUGUGAGCAGCGUUUUUCUGACAUGCUGGGAGCAGCGAAUGAAGCAAGCAGCAGGGUUAGAGUGAGUGUUUUGUUUUUUUUUUUGUUUUUUUAAUUUACUACAUUAACCUUUUUAGAAGUAUUGCAGACACCACUACAAAACUUAAUGACACUUUAAAAAAAUAAAUAUAUACAUUUUUCUUUUUUUUUUUUUUUUUUCCUUCUAGUUUAUAAACCUUGCACGGACACUCCAGGCACACAUGGAAGACCUUGACAGUAAGUACUUAUAGAAAAACUGUUAAUGCACUUUAUUGGUUAUUUCAAUAAAAUACUAGUAACUUGUGUUUGAGGUAACGACCUAAAAUCUAUUAACCCCUUAAGGAUUGAGCCAAAUGUACAUGUUUUGAUCAAAAUAAAACAUAAACAAAACUUGGAAUUUGACUGUCCAACCGUAAUUCACCUUUCAUAUUAAGUGCACCCUCACUUAUUAUAUAUGUUUUUUUCAGGAGAAAUGGGGCUUUUAUUUAACAUCAAAUAUUUAGCUAUGAAACCUAAUUUAACCCCUUAAGGACACACCUUCAAAAGCUUGUCUUACCCUUAAGGACACAAGACUUUUUUGUGGUUUGUGUUCAAAUGCAAUUUGCAUCUGUCAUUUAUUGCACCAACACAUAUUAUAUACAGUUUUUCAGAGUGCAAACAGGGCUUUAAUUUUUUUAUAUAUUUUUAAUUCUUUUUUGUCGUGCAUAUAGAAAACAUAGAUGCAGGCAUCGCCACAACAGCAGUUGCCAGCUAAAAUAUCAACAUUCAGAACAACUGUGGUGUCUAUGAACAGUGCACAUUUUAUAGUAAAAGGUACAUUAGAAGAGACAUUGGUAGGAACCAGCCAUUUUACCCUGUGUGGAUAAAGUCAGAUUGUUAUAAUCCAGUUUAGGUGGUUACCCCUUGCCUAUAGACUGUGAGUAUCCUUAUUGAGGUCAGCCAUUAGUUGGCUUGGGGGAAGGGGGGGGGGGAGAGAGAGGGAGAAGGAGAAGAGAGAAUGUGCUCAAGUGUGGCUAUGUUGUAUGGGGACACGUUUAACAUCGGUUGCAUAAUGUGUAAACUUCGGCUUGCUGGUAUCGCGUUGUGCGUGCAUAUUAAGCGAACAGAACAUUUGUGUAGUUAUAAUGGUGGUUUCACAGGCAGUGAAAAAGAGUAGCAUUGGAUACGAGGGAAUAAAAUAAGAACAUGUGUAAAAGAACCAAACCGUAAAUGAAGCAAUUUCUAACUUUGGUAUACACUUGGAGUGUGACUGGUGGAAUGGAAAGUCCCCUAAGGUGGGCCUGCCUCUAGUUUCUUAAGUGGGAGGCCUGGCAGGUGAGGCUCUUGGGGUUUUUCUCAGGGUGAAUUCUCAAAUGGCCGGGUUUAUCAGGGACAGUCCUGUUCCAGUUGUUGUUGCAGCUAGCAGUAUACCUGCUGAUUUCAGGUGCAAUUCAAGCUCCUGGUAGCCUUGUGCUCUGUGUGAAGUCCUGUUGUGGGUGAACUUUUUUUUUUUUUUUUUUUUAGGGUAUUACAGCAGUGUGACUGUUUGUUAAAAUAACCCCACAAAGUGCUCUCAUUUGGUAAAGCAGACACUCCAGGGUACCUUAUAUGGUGUAUAUUGUGCUUUAACUUGUCACCAUUUUUAAACCAAUUUAUGUCAGUUUGUGGUGAUGGUAAAAUGACACCACACCUUAUAACCCAAUUUGGUGACGAAAUAUGAGGGAGCAGCCAAGCUAAUGAAAGUCUGUAAUUUUGUUGAAUAUUUUUAAAAACACUUUCCCUAUCAGGCUCAUUCAGUAAGAUUUGGUAGAAAUCUUUAAUGUAUUACAUUUCUACCUCUUACAUAUAUCUCCAGACUGACAAAUUUCUCUUACAGCUUCCGAAGAUGAGUCAGAAGAUGAACGAGUGUGAAAUGCUGGUCAGGCCAACUCUGCGUUACUUCAACUUUGACUGUACAAUCAAAGAAUUAGUCAAGAGAGCAACAGAUGUGUUUGAGAUUUAUUUGUAACCUUUUUUGCUUUUGCCUCAGCAACUCACUAUGUGGCCCUCUUUAAACUUGUUGCACUUGAUAAUAUUAAGCAGUCUUUUUAACAAUUAAAAAAAAAAAAAAAGCCAAACUGGUACUCUAGGAUACGUGGGAACAUUUCUAAUGUAUGCCUUUUUUUCCCUUUAAAUUCAAAACCCUCCUUGAAAUAUUCCCCAGCACCUCACUGUUUUGUUUCUAUAUCUGUUCAUCUUAAAUAUGAAAUUGCAAUCCCUCUUUUUUAAAGUUACCAAUGUUUUGACAGAUGGAGGAUUACUCACACCCCCACCCCUUUAAAAAAAAAAAAAAAAAAAGUAUGCCUUAAGUUGCAGGUUCUCAUCUUCUAAUCUUGACUCAAUUUUCUUUGGCUGUUUGAAAUGAGGGGAUUCUGUACAGAUAUUCUAUUCUGUUACCAGAUUUUGAUUCAACAUGUACGAACGAGGCAAUGUUUUAGGCAUUUUUUUUCCUUCCUAAUGUGAGAUUUUUAUUCUCAUGUUUGUCUUUUACAGACCAUGCAUAGCACAUUUAAAAAAAAAUAAAAAAAAAAUCUAAUACUUUCAAUUGAAAGACAUGGAUAUUUAAUGCAAUUUUAAUCACCUCUAAUUCCUGAAAAUGUUAAACCCCUUGUGUAUUCACUUAAAACACUGAUCUAUAAUUUGUUAUUUUAUGUUGGAAUAAUAAAGCUAAUGUGUUAAUAUGCGUUUAUGUAUCCUUAUCAUGCCUCAAUUUGGUGGUUAUAAAAGAGUAAGUAUUGUCAGACAAAAUGGGGAAAGAGUUGAAGACGAUGCUCAAAUGCACUUGCAGUCUAAAACCUUAAAGGACAUCCGUAAAAUGGUGUAAUGUUCCAUUUUAAUAGACAAAUGUGGGGCAGUCACCUUGGAAACCAAUAAGAUAGCAGGCUCAUUCAGGUCUGGUUUCAGAUCUUGGCUGUCACAAAUUGUAUUUACCUUUGCUGUGCAAUUUCAGAAUGCAAUAACCAAAUCCCUAGAGACAUACUUUGUGGCUUUGGUUAACUGCUAAAUUCAAAAUCGGUUUGUUGGAUGUGCAUUUUCUUGGUAAAGCAUCUUAAAGGCUGUUAAAUCAGCAGAUAUCAAGAACCAGAACUUCAAUUUCUGUAUGAAUAGCAUAAGUCCAAGCUAGCUAGAAUUGUUAAAAUAUAAUUUAUCAUAAAUUGCAUAUUCACAAAUGGCAUGGUGUAAAGGCUCUUCAGUUCUAACUGCAGAUAUUAGCCACUGUUUAGUCACUUUAUUUAUUUUUAUCUGAUUAGAAAUACACAUGCAGUCAACAAGCUAUUUUUGUGAAGAGGUAGAUAUUAGGCAGAAUCCUCUUCAAUGCCUCCUACUAAUCCAAUCUCGUCGCUGUAUGGAGUAACUUGUAGUAGUGAUGCUACAUUUCUUGUAAAUCCAAAGAAUGUCCUCCUUUUGUACAACACAAGGAGAGCAGCCGAUAGCAGUGGUACAAGAAGAGUUAUAGACAUAAUCAAAGCAAUUGGUAAGACUCUUUGAUCUGCAAGAGAGUCCAAUAUAAUAAAGUAAGCAAGGUUUCUGUAACUAUAGAUUUUAUUUUAAACUUUGUGUUUUUUUUUUUUUUGUUUUUUUUUUUUUUGGGGGGGGGGGG